GCGAGGAGCACAACAGUCUUCUCUAACAAAUGAAAGGAUGGGGGGCAUCAGCAGCAGCUGAACUCCGAGAAACUGGAUCAGGGGUCGAGGGGAAAGAACUGCUUUCUGCUCACCCUCGGGUGACUUUUGUUGGAUUUAAUCCCCGGUCCACACCAACAUGCCAUUUGCCAAACGAGUCGUGGAACCUCAGUUACUGUGCAGGUAUCAAAUCCCAAACGAGGAGGGUCUGCUUUUCGAGGACCUGGUCUCCAUCAGUAAUGUGGCUCUAUCUCGGACCUUGCGGCAGCUGUCGGACCUGGCUAAACAUGCCUGCUCCAUAUUCCAGGAGCUGGAGAACGACCUCACCUCCACCAACCUGCGGGUCAGGGGGCUGCAGAGCAAGAUCAGCCUACUUCAGCAGACCUGCUCCGAGCUGGACCCCAAACAGGAGGCAGUGCCGGUGUCCAACCUGGAUGUGGAGAGUAAGCUGACGACACAUUACCAGGCCCCCUGGCACCAGCAGAGGAACAUCUUCCACCCCUCCACGCGGCCAGCAUGUGUAGAAGAGCUCCACAGGCAAGCCAACCUCAGCCUGUGGGCCCUGCACCAAGAUCGCCAGAGGAGACAGUCAGGCAGCCGGGAGCGGAGGGUAACCAUCUCGAUCUCAGCCGUGCCCCCCAUUCCCAUAUACCCCUCCCCUCACAUCAUACAGGAUCAAGGAAACAGCGGCACCAAUCUGACAACGUUUGAAUCCACCCGCUCCUCCUCCCCCACCGAAUGUUGCCGCUUCUCCCCCUGGAGCAGAAAGGCUGCGCCCUCUGACCCCGACACUGACGGGGUGGCUCUAGGUCACCGGUCUAAGUGUCCCAUCCCUAACAUCCCCUCCACCCUGGACAAGCAGACUAACUGGUCUAAAGCCCUGCCGCUGCCCACCCCAGAGGAAAGAAUGAAAACCAAUUCCCAAGUCAUCACCUCAUGUGUCAUCCCCAUUAAUGUGACUGGGGUUGGCUUUGACAGAGAUGCCAGUGUGCGCUGCUCGCUCGUCCACUCGCAGUCGGUGCUUCAGAGGAGGAGGAAGCUGAGGAGACGGAGGACGGUCGCCGGUGUUCCCAGACAGGUGCAGCAAGAUCUAGACUCUGAUGACUCUCCAGGCUCCAGAGAGCGGACAGUGAUCAUUCAUGCCAGUCCAGACAUCACACCCUCCAAUGAGGAGCUGGCCAGCCAUCUCAGCACCAGAGACUCAGGCUGCCAGACAGAGGACUUUCUGAUCUCAGGAGCUCCAUCUCGGAGGAGGAUCAGGGCCCAGAGAGUCCAGGGAGUCUCUGUCUCCCUUUCUCACUCUGCAGGCAACAUCUCCUCCCUGCCGGACAGCGCUGACACCAUGUUCACUGCCUCUGUGGGUGCACGCCUGCGCUCCAGGAGCCUGCCCCGGGACGGGAGCCGGAUGAUGGACAACGGGCACAAUGACAGCGAUGAUGAGGAGGAGCUUUCCCCGUUCGACACUGAGGAUUUCCUGCCUGGACCCGGGGAGCUGAUUCUGAAGGACGAAGAGGAGAGCACAGAUGACCAGGCCAUGUCUGAGCACCAGCUGGGCCUUAAGUAUAAGCAGCUCUCGGAGAGUCCAGAGCGCAGCUGGAUGGAGAGGACCAGAUCCCAGUUGCCCAGGAAGGCCGACCUGGGCAGCUGUGAGAUCUCAUCCAGCUCAGACACCUUCAGUAGCCCGGUCCACUCCGUCUCAGCUGCGGGGGUGCUCGGAGGCCAGAUGGACCACAAGGACGACCACCAGUCUUCUAGUGGUAACUGGAGCGGGAGCAGCUCCACCUGCCCCUCACAGACCUCAGAGACCAUCCCCCCCGCAGCCUCUCCGCCGCUGACCGGCUCCUCCCACUGUGAUUCUGAGCUCUCCCUGAACGCCACCACUCACAACAACGAUGACCAGACCAGCUUCAUGCUGGACCACUACCAGGGCCUCAGGCCCCAGCGGGCGGGCUCCUUCUCCUCCACAGCUAUGGACAUAUUAGAGGAAGCGGGGGGCAGCACUCCCAUCGAGCAGGAGUGGAGUUACCCCCACCCCGAGCCUCCACACUCACAGGACUUCAGCCCCGAGCCGAGCAGAGAGGCGGAGAGCAGCCUGGGCUGCCCGAGCUUCACCAGCAUGGCCACCUGUGAGAGCAGCUACUCUGACAAGCCGCUGUCGGAGAAGGCGGACACCGUCUCACACUACUCUGUAGACACUGAAGGCUACUACACCUCCAUGCACUUUGACUGCGGUCUGAAAGGCAGCAAAAGCUUCACGUAUAACUAUGCAGCCUCUGGCUCCGACUGUGGCCUGUCUGACCUCAGUGGUCACAUGACUCUGGGGAGACGCUGCCUCUCUUUAAGGAAACCAAAGGUGAAGCCGUCUCCGCCUAAGAGGAGCUCCUCCUUAAGGAAAAUAUGCAGUGACGGGAACAUCCCUGACAGGAAAGAACCAAAGAUUACAUGUGGCCAGCAGCUUCCGCUGUCCUCCAAUCAGAGGAGGCUGCAGCUGGUUUUGUCUGGCUCUCCAGGUCAUAUAGAAAACUCUUCACUCGGCAGAGAGCCUCUGGUGGUGUGGGGGGUGGAGGGCUCGGCCGAUCUACCUGACUUAGGUGUUUUUAGCUCCACAGAUGCUCAUUCGUUUAAGGACGAGGGGGUUGUACAGUCAGACUAUGCAGAUCUGUGGCUGCUGAACGAUUUAAAAUCCAGCGAUCCGUACCGAUCUUUGUCAAACUCCAGCACGGCCACAGGUACAACUGUCAUCGAAUGCAUCAAGUCACAGGAAAGCUCAGAGUCCCAGACGUCCCAGUCCGGCUCCAGAGCCACCACGCCCUCACUUCCAUCAGUGGAGGGUGAGUUUAAACUAACCUCACCAGAGAAGCUGGCAGGCCUGGCCAGCCCAUCCAGCGGCUACUCCAGUCAGUCAGAAACCCCCACCUCCUCUUUCCCCUCCGCCUUCUUUCCCGGGCCGCUGUCACCCUCCAGUGGCAAGAGGAAGCCCAAAGUCCCAGAGAGAAAGUCGUCUCUGUCAUCACUGUCUCUGCAGUCGCUGUCCUGCAAGGAUGGAGCUUCCUCGAAGAGAGACCUGGAGCUGCCGGUAAUCCCCCCCUCCCACCUCGACUUAAGUGCCCUUCAUAGCAUCAACAAGGCAGCAGGUUUCAGGACCCAGAUUCAGACACUUCACCAAAACAAACAGAAAGCUGUAGUGACACCCAAAGCUGCAGCACCCACUAACUCAGAGGUGUUUCAUGUCCACACCCUGUCCAUCACACCCACAGUGCUGCACUCAGUACAGCUCCGACCCGUCAGCAAAGACACUGAAGGAGGUCAUGUGGACAAAGCAGCUGCCAAACUGAAAAGUAGUAAAUCAUUAGAGUUUAAGAGUCCACUUUUACACAACUCACAUCAUCAUCAUCAUCAUCAUCAUCAUCAUCACACAUCGUCGAAGCAGAUGUGUGAGUCAGUGUUUACCUCAAAUGAAGAAGAUCUUCUUCAUGGAGAAGCAGCUUGUCAGAGUGAGAUGAGGGACGAGCAGCACAGAGAGAGUGAGACAGCUCACAGACUGCAGUCAGAGACAUCAGAGGACGCCUCGGAGACCACCACUGCCCAGGAAGGAGGGACGAUACAAACACCUGUCUGCUGGCAGUCUGAGCCUCUACAGCAGCAAAGACCUGAGCCCUGUGAGGAGCAGACCUGGUCCGCUCCCUCUGUUCUGCACAGUUCACCACAGAGAUCCCACAGUCUUGAUAAAGUGCCUGCUACUGACGCCCAACCAGAGGUGCUGCAAGAGAGUCCGCUCAGUAAUGAAGGCUGCAAAGAGGAGGAACAUGAGUCGUCAGGUGUUUCAGCCGACAGUGCCUCUCAGGACGGGAAGGACGAGUCCACAGCAGAGGCCGAGGGCGACUUCACCAAAGACUCUACACCCAGUGACAGCACAGGGUCCCCGCUGAGGGAUGAGUCCAGGCCGGAGGACGAAAGUGUGUUUCUGUCACCCACCAAGACUCGCACCACAGAGGAUCUGUUUGCGAUGAUUCACAGGUCCAAAAGGAAAGUGUUGGGCAGGAAGGACUCCACUGAGCUGGGUGUGAGGAGCCGCGUCAUUGCUGCAUCAGGGAGCACACCACCCAGCAGCACCACCAGCAGCCCGAUGAACUCCCCAGUCUCCCUGGUGUCACCCUCCUCCCCUGUGACCCCACCAGGCGUACAGAGAGUCCCCGGGCCCAUCUACAGGAACGCAAAGAAGUCCAGCACCUCCAACGAGGAGUUCAAACUGCUGCUGCUCAAAAAGGGCAGCCGCUCGGACUCCAGUUACCGCAUGUCAGCUACAGAGAUCCUCAAGAGCCCCAUCGCUCCUAAGUCUCCUGGAGAGUCUCUGACGGAGUCGCCCAGACAGCCUGAGGAGCUCUCCUCCCCCCUGCAACAGCUGCAGCAUAGUUCAGGACCAGAUCAGCUCUCCAGCCCCAAAGCCAACGCUGAGGGUUUCUCCCCGAAAUCCUUCCUCACGUCUGCUGCGUCCAGGCAGGGCCGCUCCAGAAUCCCCCCACCCGCCAACAGCAGCCGCUACAGCAUGCGCAGCAGACUGUACUCAGCGCCCAUGCAGGCGAUUUCUGAGGGCGAGACCGAGAACUCAGACGGAAGUCCCCAUGACGACCGCUCUUCACAGGGCUCCACGUAGAAAACAGAGAAGUGUCAGAAGGUGUGAAAUGAUUUUGUUAGUUUACAGAUAAAACAAACGGACCAGAGUGAGUUAUAAUAUAUAUGAGAUGUAGAAAGAGCAGGAGCAUUGAUGAGGUUCAUGUGGUUCACAGAACACGAGGGAAAAACCACACUGUUAAAAAAAAAUAUAAAUGAACUAAUGGUGUUUUAUAGCUGUUUCCUAGUUGUUGUUUUUUUUCUGUGGAUAUUUUAAACAAGUUCAAAAAUAUUUUAUACAUAAAGUAUUUCUAAAAAAAUCACUUCAUGAAAUGAAUAGUUAGAGUAAGAAUCAGGGAACCAGGUUAUUUAGCAUCUGCUUUCAGUGAAAAUAAAAUAUGAUUUAUGAAUAGAAAUUAAAGGCAAAACUUUAUUCCAGUUGAGUUCACAGCAAAUACAGGCUUAAACAUAUUAUCAACAGUCAGACACCCAGCUGACUCCACUCCUUCAGCCCUAAGAGUAUUUUAAUCUUUAAUCCCUGAAAUUGACAUUUUUUAUCUUGAAAACAGACAAAUAUUUUGUAUUAGCUGUUUGUAUUCUAUGAAUACCUAUGCAAUUAGACAAUUUGUACAUUUCCUCCAGCCAGUUACACCAAAAUGAUUUUCAUACCACGACCUGAGCAUCAGGACUAAAAGUGUGUGAGAAACAGCAGAAGAAAACAAUGUGACGCCUCAGUGCAUCUGCUCAAAUCUGAUGUGAUGUCUGUGUAUUUCCCUCAGUCCUUUUUAAAAGCAUAUAGUAAAUUAUAUCAAAGAUGAUGUAUUAUUACAACUUUUUAAAAUUCUCAUGCAAUAACAUGAGUGAAAGAGGUGAGACAGGAAACGUCAGAGCCAAGCACUAACUCGACAAUCUCUGGAAACAAGAAGGAGGCAGGUGUUAACGUGGGAGGUGAAAAAGUGAUCAAAAAGUUGGAGGUGGUGAAACAGGAGCUGUGAGCGAAUGAGGAGGUCAUAUGUUUAAGAAGAAAAAAACGUAACAAUGGUCAUUUCUGGUUUGCUGACUUGGUGUGUUUACGAAUCGUUGAAAGAGGCAAGUGGAAAGUGUUCAGGAGGAUCAAAUACAAAUAUUUUAUUUUACUCAGCAAGAGACAAGAAGUGACAGAGCAGCUUCGGGCCGCAGCAGGUUCGAGUGUUUCUGUGAGAUUUUCAGUUGUGAUGGAGGAUGAAGGGUUAAAUUUGAAACCAGGUCUGUGGUGAAGAGAGGAGGUUCUGGAUUUGAUGAUGACGACGGACGACGGUCUGUUUUAUUCCCCAUCAAAGAUCUAACUGUCACAUUCUAUGUGUCUGAACAAUCUAAAUAUAUUUAUUUUUUAUAACUGACACAGAAAAUCUCCACACGCUCCUUGAUUUGGUUUAAAACCUGAAACUGAAAUCUUUAAAUGAAAGUAUAUUUUAUUCAAAUGCUUAUUUUGUUUAUAAGAGACAGAUUAUAAAUCUUAUUUGAGACACUGGCUGCAGAGACAAAUAGGCAAGCAACUCGUUAAAUGUCAUUAAACAAUGACAUAAACAGUCAUAAGCUAGAGGAGAGGUUACAGAUGUAACCCAGGCGCUCUGAAGCUGGUUUACUAUCCUGCACAUUCACAAUAAUUUACAAGUAAAUUGUGUUUAUUGCAGCGGUGGUAUUCAACCAUUAUGCAAUGUUGACUGAGUCGAUGUAGCCAUAUUGAAGACUGUUCUCCACUAUUGGUACACUGUAGAUAUCAACUUCAUUUUGGCCUUAAUAAUGAUACUCCACACUGAUGCAACUACAUAGAACAGGGUACACAGUGGGGUGUGUGUGUGUGUGAACCUUCAUUCCAGCAUUUAUUUUUGCACUGAUAAAGUGAUGUUUGUGAAGUUUCAGUAGUCUCUUGCUGUACCUGGAGAUAUUCACCAACCUUUACAUGGAGCUGUUUGACUUUCCUUUGAGUAAUAUUCACACUUUAGGAGUGGAGUAGAUGCUUCUGCCAAAGGCUAGAACGUGUACAUGUUAGUGGCAUUGAACUGUUUUUCUCUUCUCGUUUACUUGACUCAAACCAAUACUAAAAGAAAAAGAAAUACGGCUUAUUAUAACUUAUGGUACUAGAUACAUUUCAUUUCAGAUCAGCCUCUGUAUACUGUAGGUAUCAGCUUUGUAUUUUUUUGUACAAACUUGUAAAUACAAUAACUUUUGGAAUUGUCUCAAAGGUUGUUGAAUUGUUUCUUAUGUAAAAAAAUGUUUUGAAAGUUUACAUUAAUUUCAAACCUUUGUAUAUUUUUGAGCUGUGGAACACUUUGUCUUGUAUUUAUUUUUUAGUAAGCAUUGUGGAAAUCCCAUAGUAAAUCCUAUCAAAGCCAACUGCUAGCACAACAGGCUGCUUAGCAAAUGUGUAUAAAAAGACAA